AUGCGCCCCUGUACCGCCUCCUCAUGCUGCUGCCAGGCCCGUAAUCUGCCAUGGGCCCCCGUACCGACUCCUCAUGCUGCUGCCAGGCCCGUAAUCUGUCAUGGGCCCCUGUACCGCCUCCUCAUGCUGCUGCCAGGUCCAGAGUGUGUCAUGGGUCCCUGUACGGCCUCCCAUUGCUGCUGUCUCUAUCGCCACACUCUGCCAUGUGCCACUUUCAGGUCUCCUCACACUGCUGGUGGUUUCCAUUUUUGUCAUAGGGUGCUGUAUGGCCUCCCAUUGCUGCUGCCUCCACUGCCACACUGUGGCUCCACACUCUGGUUUUGGCCCCGUGACUGCCCAAAUGAGUGAAGUGCGCGGUGAUUCUAAGAUCGACGACACUCAUCUGCAUGUCAUACUGACUGACAGUAUUAUUUCUCUUCCCCAGCAGACUCCAAGGGCAUUUAAAUUAAAGGUACAGUGUUCAGCACUAAUAUUA